UCCAAUAAAAUCACAAACGUCUGUGUGUGUUGCAGUUUAUAUUAUACAUAAAUAACGUAGUAUGUGUAAAACGAAACAUAAUUAACCUACUGUUGUACUUUUCUAAUGUUGAAUUUGUCUGUUAUUUUGUUUUCCUUUAACCGCCAUGAUGUUUUCUAAGGGAACGGCGGAGCUAGCUUUAGCUUUAGCAGUAGCUGUAGCUUUAGCUGUAGCAGCAGCAGCAGCCAGUUGAGCCUUCUGGUUGUUGUGAUAGGGAGGCGCGGCGGAUGGAUGCUUUGCCCCGCUACGUUUCGCAUAUUUGUCACGGUUUAACUAGAAUGCGCAUUCUGUGGAACGGUUUAGAUCAUCCAAUGUGCCCUGCGCCGUCCCGGAGGAUCCCUAAUCCGCAGCGUUAUUGAACGCGCCAGUGAAUCGGCGUCUUUGACGUUACAGUUUAUAAGAUUUACACUAGUAGCAGUGGCUGUGGACGCAGCGGCUACACGGCUAGCUCCUCCUUUGCUGUCUGUAACCGCAGUCUUGUGUCUCCUGCCUCAGGAAUGUUCUCCAAAAAGCCUCAUGGGGACGUUAAAAAAUCAACACAGAAAGUGUUGGACCCAAAGAAGGACGUGUUGACGAGGCUCAAACAUCUUAGAAUUGUCAUUGAAAACGCAGAACCAGCCGAGCUGAAACAGCUGUUCGACCUGAACUACUCCCAUAUCUACUAUGUCUUCUUUGAAAACUUUGUCACCAUCGAGGCCAGCCUCAAACAAAAAGGUCACAAGUCACAGAGGGAGGAGCUGGACUCGAUCCUCUUCAUCUUCGAGAAAAUCCUUCAACUCCUGCCUGAGAGAAUCCAGAAUCGGUGGCAGUUCCACAGCAUCGGGUUGAUUCUAAAGAAGCUGUUACACACUGGGAACUCUUUGAAGAUCCGUCGUGAGGGCGUGCGUCUCUUCCUGCUGUGGAUGCAGGCCUUACAGAGCCACGCGGGGCGUGAGCAGCUGUGCAUGUUUGCCUGUUUGAUUCCCGGUUUCCCAGCUCCGCUCUGCAGUGGAACGCCGCGCACCCUUGACAAUCUGAUCAACCCCCCGCUGAGUCUGACAGAAACUCAGGUGACACCAGAGGAAGUCACUCCACUGGUUCCUCCCCAGUCAGGAGACAAGAACCAGGAAGACCUCACCGCCUACUUCCUGGAGGCCCUACUGAAAUACAUGGUAAACCAGGCCAAGUCUCUGGAGUGGCGUUGUAAAGAGAACCAUGAACGAGGAUUCAACUUCCUGUUUGGUCACUUCAGGAAGUUCUACCUUCCCCACAUCUUUCCCAACGUUGCCAUGGAAACCAGCCUGUACAACCCCUUACUGGACGUGCCUACGAUGCGUCCUAAACCCUACUACCACGUGGUGCGCCGAGAGCACGACGGUGGCGAAGUACUGUAUUGCACCAAGGAGAGUUUCCUCCAGGCUCGGGUCAUCUUCAUACGCUGGUUGGUUUCCUUCUGGCUGGAGCCCAAACCCAACACACAGACACACAUCCCUGGAACCGAGGGAGAAAACGUCCCCAAGAAUAUACAGCGGGCGGCAGCUGGACUGGCUGCCCGCUCCGCAGGAAGCUCAGAAGACAGCGGUGGAGGCGGGAGUUACCUGGAAGGAGGGGGCGCUCACUCUGUCCCAGGAGGCAGCAGCAUGGGCCUGUCGGGCGGAGCAGGGAUGGAACCUGAACAGAGCCACUCCAACACAUCCACCCUGACCGAGAGGGAACCCAGCUCCUCCUCCCUCUGCUCCAUCGACGAGGAGCAGCUGACGGACAUGGAGGUGGUGAGGAGGGUGCUGACCAGCUCCAGGACCUACGUCAACUUCAUCACAGAGAUCUUCAGACAGGCGUUUCUUCUUCCGAUGUGUGAGGCCGCUGCGAUGCGGAGGGUGGUCCGUGUUUACCAGGAGUGGAUCUCCAUGGAGGACAAGCCAGUCUUCAUGAAGGAGCCUCAGGAGGGUCCGUAUCCCAUCACCACCACCGGCAGUCUGGACUCUCAGCUGGGGGACCAAGAGGAUGAGGAGAUGAACAGAGCGGUGGACAGUGAAGUUCUGGAGUACAGUGUUCAUGCCGGCGUCCAGACCACGCUGCAGGUGUUUGUCACGCACUCCUCCAACGUCUUCCUGCUGGAGCCCGCCAACGACAUCAAGAUCCUGUUGGAGGAGCACGUCGACAUGUGCAAGAGGGUCCUGAACAUCUACCGCAGCCUGGUCAUGCACGAGAGCAUGGACCAUAAAACAUGGGAGCAGAUCCUUCUGGUUCUGCUGAGGGUGACGGAGUCGGUGAUGAAGAGACCACCGUCCAUCAUGCCUCAGGGCAAGAAGAACAACACGCUGUCAGGGAGACUGGCUGGACCCAUCUUCCAGACCCUGAUCGUGGCCUGGAUCAAGGGAAACCUGAACGUCUACAUCAGCAGGGACCUGUGGGACGACCUCCUCUCCGUCCUCUCCUCUCUCACCUGCUGGGAGGAGCUGGUCACAGAGUGGUCCCUGACCAUGGAGACACUGACCAAGGUGUUGGCCAGAAACCUGUACAGUGUUGACCUGAACGAGCUGCCGCUGGAAAAACUCAGUGAACAGAAGCAGAAGAAACACAAAGGCAAAGGAAUCGGUUCCGAGGGCCAGCGGCAGGUUGUGGAUCGUUCCUUUUCUAAAGGCUGGAGCAGAGAUCAACCAGGUCAAGCUGCAGCCAUGAGGCAGCGCAGCGCCACCACCGCCGGUUCUCCAGGCAUCGAAAAGGCCCGCAGUAUCGUCCGACAGAAGACCGUAGCCCUUCGUAGCUGUUCUACGGGGGACUCUCUGCUGUCCUCAGCCUUUAUCCGCAGCGCUAAGAGUGCUCCUACUCUGGCUCCGCCUCUUCCUGUUCUCCACCACCACCACCCUUUACUACCCCCCCUUGCUGACCAGCUGGCAGACCUGGAGGACCCACCAAUCACGCUCACAUCCAGGAUGCGUCAUUCCUCUCAGAGCGACGAGGCUCCUCCCACUUCCUGUUCGGAGGUGUUCCAGGCUGGGAUGUGUGACCUCGACGCCCCGCCCCCCGGCUCGCUCGCUAGAAGUAGCAGCGCAUCCGACGUCAUGGAGCCCUUCAUCGCCGAAAGGGUCAAAGGUGAAGACCCUGAGCGGGAUCCUACCUCGAUCCCUAACCACCAGCACCACAACCACUCCUCCACUGCUGCACUGGCUCAGAUAGGUCCUCCCCCUCUCCACCCCCCCUCUUCCACUCCUUGUUCCCUUGUAAACGGUGUUGUUUCCUUGACCUUAGAAGGACAGGAUGAGGGUAGCUCACAGGAACACUUCUGGACCCAGCUGAGCUCCAGGAGCCGGGUCUCCAGCUCCGAUUGGGUAAGCAGCUGGGAUUCGGCCUUCGCCUUUUCUUCUGAAACGGACGCCGAAGAAAACCAAGUAGGAGGAGGCGUAGAGGAGGACGAUUUGUUCUCCUCCAUCAGGGACUACUUCAUUAACAAAGGAGGGGAGAAGAAGGAGGAGUCGGAGGCCGACGGCGUCUGUCAGACGGCACCUGCACGGACCGACGCGGUCGGAGCGCUGACCGACCCGCCGCUGCAGGGGGCGAGGGGGGGGGAGGAGCGGCAGGGCAGUAAGUCGGUCCGACACAGCAGCGUGGACUCGGCAGAGGAGAGUGAGGCGGAGCAGCGCAGCAUCUACGAGUGCCUGGAGCUGCAGUGCCAGUGGCCGACCUCCAGCGCCAGAGGAAGUGCUAGCCUGGAGAGAAGUGCUGGGGAUAAAACGGGGACAGGAAGUUCAGGAAGGACAGCGGGGCGGGGGGGAGAAAGUGACGUCUGUAGUGACGACAAACAGGAAGGAAGAAUCUCAGGAGACGAAGGAUCGGUUUUAAUUAGAGCCGAGGUCAGGGCCGAGGUCAGGGCCGAGGUCAGGGCCGAGGUCAGGGCCUCAGACGGUAGUCAGGAAUCGAACGCACCUGCCCUCACUACUGAUCAAACAAAGGCCAAGAUGUCCCGCAGUACCAGCAAACGCCACCAUUCUGGGGGGGUUCACGUCAGCUUCCGACCCUCCACGGAGUCGGUCCAGUUCCACAACCCCCUCGAGAGUAAAGAGGCCCACUGGAAAGCCCGGCUGCGCCGUCUGAGUCACUUUCACACCCACAGCCACUCGGCCGGUGAGCGGCCGGGGGCCGGGGCCGGAGGUGGGUCAGGGUCAGGGUCAGGGGGCAAACUAGGAUCAGGGGCCUCAGGUAAGUUUGUCUCCGCGAUCAGCCAUAAAGAGAAGUCACCCUGUGGGACAGUGUCGGACGGCAGGACCGGGAGCGCGCCUGGUGCGGACAACAGAGCCGGGCCUGGAGGAGAUCUGGACAGAGCCGGAGCCGGGUCGCAGCCCCACCCCGAGGCCACGCCCAGUACUUCAGGUCCCUCGGCCGUGUCGGCGGGCGUGCGCGGUCGCUUGGGCCGUUCGGCCUUGCGCUCUCGAGCCUCCCGCUCUCGCUCCCAGGAACCCGGCAGCACCUCCGCUCGUCACCACCAGGGGGCCCUCCUCGGUGGCGUCUAUAAGACUGUGGUUCACGCGCUGUCCUCCAGACCCCGGCCCCGAGGUCAGGGCUCGUCCCAGGGCUCAUCACCGCAGCGGCAGAGCCGCGCUGCCAUGGGUGAUGCUUCGCUCAGAGAUCUCUACUCACAUGUCCUGGGCUACUUUGGGCGAAAGACAAGCACGGCAGCCAACAACAAGGAGGAGGCGGUGGUGGUCCAGAAGGCCCGUCCGGUCUCCACCGAUGUUGGAAGCAGCAACCCAAAUGUCUCCGACCUCAUGGACGAGUUCAUCCAGGAGAGGCUGGGGGUCAAAGGAACCGUAGGCCGUCGUGGCAGCAGCCCGGGCAGCCUGGAGGUCCCCAAGGACCUGCCUGAACUCCUGGAAGCAGGGCAGAGUCCCGGCUCCAGGCCGUCUGACGACCCUCGGCCCGUCGACGAUCCCGGGGUUCCGUCUGAGUGGACGUCACCUGCCAGUGCCAGUGGUUCUGAUGUCAUCAGUUCAGACAGCCAAUCAGACUCCUUCAAUGCCUUUCAGUACUCCACCUGCAAGUUUGACAAUUUCACUUUCACCUCAGAGGCCUGUGUAGGCAGAGGAGGAGGAGGAGGAGGAGGAGGAGGAGGAGGAGGGGGGGGUCGUGACAGCUCUCUGGACCAGGACAGUCUGGGGGUCGGUGCGGCCUGUGAGGAGCACGAAGUGGCCAGUUUGACAACGUUGCACCUCGACUCAGAGACCAGCAGCCUCAGCCACACUGUUACUGUCACUGGGUCUGAGAGCGCUUCUCCCAUGCAUUCGCUCGGCGGCUCCCGCUCACAGACGCCCUCCCCCGCUACACUGACCAUGGAGCACGCCGAACACACGCACCUGCAGCUGGACCAGAAGCUCCACCACUCCGUCCUGCAGACCCCCGAUGACCUGGAAACCAGCGAGUUCCCGGGGGAGGACUGCAGCGUGAUGGCGGGCGGCUCUCUCACCGGGUGGCACUCGGACGUCGCCACCGUGAUGUGGCGAAGGAUGCUGGGAAUCCUGGGAGAUGUGAACAGCAUCAAAGACCCAGAGAUCCACGCCCAGGUCUUUGACUACCUGUGUGAACUUUGGCAAAACCUGGCAAAGAUUAGAGAUAAUCUGGGCAUCUCUCUGGACAACCAGUCCUCUCCUCCCCCGCCUGUUCUCAUCCCCCCACUCAGGAUCCUCACCCCCUGGCUCUUCAAGGCCACCAUGCUGACGGAGCGUUACAAACAGGGGAAACUUCACGCCUACAAGUUGAUCUGCAGGAUCAUGAAGCGGCGACAGGACGUUUCUCCAAACACAGACUUCCUCACACACUUCUACAACAUCAUGCACCACGGCCUGAUGCACCAGGACCAGGACAUCGUCAACACCAUCAUCAAACACUGCAGUCCCAGGUUCUUCAGCAUCGGCCUGCCUGGAGCCACCAUGCUGAUCCUGGACUUCAUCAUCGCGGCCUCCAGAGUCACCGGCUGCUCCUCGCUGAACGCGCCCAGAGUGGAGGCUCAGAUCUUACUGGGAUCUCUGGUCUGCUUCCCAAACCUCUACGGGGAGCUCCCGGCCCUCCAUCCCACCACGGCCGACGUGGUCUUAACCAAAUUCCCCGAUGUCAAGGAGCACAUCAUCAAAACCAUUCUGUCUUCAGCACGAGAUGAACCGUCUGCUCCUGCCAGGUGUGUGGCCUUGUGCAGUCUGGGCAUCUGGCUGUGUGAGGAGCUGGCUCACAGGACUCAACAUCCACAGAUUAAAGACGCUCUGAAUGUCAUCUGUGUCACCUUGAAGCCCCCCAACAAGAGUGUUGCUCUGGUGGCCUCAGACAUCCUCCACCUCCUCAUCAGCCACGUGGAUUAUCUUCAGACCUUCCCCCCCGACACUCCAAAGAAGAUCGUUGAGAUUCUGAUCGCCACCAUCACUCACCUGCUGCCGUCCACGGAGUCGUCUCCUCAUGAACUGGACAAGAGGCUGGUGGUCUCCCUGCUGCUGUGCCUCCUGGACUGGGUCAUGGCUCUGCCCCCCCAGACUCUGCUGCAGCCCGUUCACACACGGAGCCCUCCGGAGAAAGACCACCCCGGAAAAACUCUGCUCAGCUGUAUCUAUAAGGUCUUGCACGGUUGUGUGUAUGGAGCCCAGUCUUUUAGCAGUCCAAAAUAUUUCCCACUGCAGCUGUCGGACCUGUUGAGUCAGGACUACGACCCCUUCCUGCCGCUGGAGAGCCUGAGAGAACCAGAGCCGCUGCACAGUCCAGACUCUGAACGCUCAGGCAAACUGCAGCCUGUCACUGAAGAUGAAUGGAUGUGGAUGUGUGUCCACACACCGAUCUGUGUCCGUGUGAGACGCUGCAUUGUCCCCUGCUGUGGACCACCAGGACUGAGGGACUGGACUAACUUCCACCUGCUCAGAAAGAACGAGAAGUUACUCAGAGAGCUGAAGAACCUGGACUCACGGCAGUGUCGUGAAACCCAUAAAAUCGCAGUGUUUUACGUGGCUGAAGGUCAGGAAGACAAACACUCCAUCCUGACCAACACGGCAGGCAGCCAGGCCUACGAAGACUUCGUCUCUGGACUGGGCUGGGAGGUGGACCUCACCACUCACUGUGGCUUCAUGGGAGGUCUCCAGAGGAACCGGAGCACCGGCCAGACCACACCUUACUACGCCACGUCUACCACCGAGGUUAUCUACCACGUCUCCACCCGCAUGCCCCACGACCAGGACCACAACCUCACCAAGAAGCUCCGACACCUGGGGAACGAUGAGGUCCACAUCGUUUGGUCGGAACAUUCCAGAGACUACCGGCGAGGAAUCAUCCCCACGGAGUUUGGAGACGUUCUGAUCGUCAUCUACCCCAUGAAGAACCACAUGUACUCCAUCCACAUUCUCAAGAAGCCAGAGGUUCCUUUUUUUGGUCCACUCUUUGACGGUGCCAUCGUGGACAUGAAGGUGCUGCCCCCUCUGGUCAGAGCCACAGCCGUCAACGCCAGCCGAGCUCUGAAGUCCCUCAUUCCUCUCUACCAGAACUUCUAUGAAGAGCGAGCUCGGUACCUGGAAACCAUCGUACAGCACCACCAGGAGCCGACCACCUUCGAGGAUUACGCAGCCCGCGUUUACAGUCCCGCCCCCUGCACUCACCUGCCGUCUGACCCAGAGGACCACGGUGUCCUGUACCAGGUGGUUCCUCAACCAUCAGACAGCCUUAACCAGAUCAGGGCUAAAGGGAAGGGGCUAAAGCAGAAGGUUCUCCAUGCUAGCUGUGAAUGGCUCCUGCCUAGAGAGUCUUCGGGGAGAAAGUCCAGCCCUCGGGGAGGCCGGGAGCGACUCAGCGUCCCCCAUUUCUCCUAGGACUAGCAAGAGCCGCAUGUCCAUGAAGCUGCGCCGCUCGUCUGGAUCAGCC